CGUCACCUGUCCUGUCAGUCAUUCUUUGAUAUUUUGAUGUUUAAUAGACUUAUUGCUUUUGUUUGUUUUUACGGAUAAAGAUUUUUAAAUAAAUUUGAACGCCCGUAAUAGUAAAUUAUUUUAUGAAACAAUCAUGUUAAAGUUUGAAAUAGUUUCGUCGAGAACUGUGGAAGGUGAUGAGAAGAAAUUUGUGGCAUACAUGAUGCAAGCAAGUCGGAACAACAAAGGAGUCAACGAAAUGUAUGAUACAGAUCCAGCGAAUGUAGAAAGGCGUUAUACCAAUUUUCUGGAAUUAUACAAUGGCUUGAGAAAGGAAUAUCCUUCAUUGCUUAGUGGUGUAUCGUUUCCUAGAAAGAUGAUGGUGGGUAAUUUUGAUCCAGAUUUGAUAUCAUCAAGAUGUUCUGCCUUUGAGUCAUUGCUAGAGCUGAUCGCAAGUGAAUCCCGAUUAAGAGAAUCUCCGGCAGCCAUAACAUUUUUUCAGGAUACUGAAUUAAAUGAGGCAAAAAGGCUCAUACAUGAAGAGAAGUAUGAUAAAGCCCUGUCUAUUUUAGAAACCAGUUUCAAACUAUUAAAUAAGGUGUACACAGACAGGUCUCGCGUUGUGCUCUGUGCUCUAUGCCGCAUCGUAGCCUGUGCGGGCGCCAGCGGCGGGGCGCUCGCGGGCCCCGUGGAGCGCUGGGCACAACUAGCGCUGCGCCGGUACGAAGCCGUCAGCGACAGCGAUCUUCUGCUCAUUUACAUUCCGUUGCUGCACACUUGUAUAUCUAUAUGGGAGACCCUAGGCAGAGAUAAAUCGAAACUAGUUGAGGAGUUAAAUGCUCUUCGCAAGAGAGGUAUGAAGGUGGAUUCAGUGGCCAGUCUCAUGGACGCUGUCGACGAGUUAAAUCCUACAGUAUAAUGUAGUUCUUUUAAGGAUAAAGCUUUAACUCUGCUUGCUUAAGGUAUGACCUGAUAUAAGAAAAAAAUUUCAAUAACGCGAUAAGUUUUUGAGACCUAGUAUUAUCUGUACUCUCUAUCAUAAAGGAUGUGCUCUGAAGUGAAUGUAGUAUUUAGAGAAUCUACUUGAUGUAGCAUAAUAUUGAAAGCAUAGCAUUGAAAAUGUCGGGAAAUGAGGGCUCCUGUUUUGUAAUUUACUAGAUUUUAUUCUUAUUAACAAUCGGAAUUCUGUAUCGGGACCUUAAAAGGACAGAAGAAAGAAUAAGGUUUUUAGAGAAUUUGUUUAUGUUUUAAAAAAGAUGAUAAAAACCACAAUCAGAGUAAUAUUUUGCGUUUGUGAUUCAAUUCUAUAAAAGGUAAAAAUUUUUGUAAUUAAUUACUUUUAAACGCGUUAAAAUCAUCAUAAUGAUUUUAGUUGCUUUUGGUAUGAAAGUGGUUCUAAAACAAAAAAUGCAACGUAAUAAUGAUCGCACACAUUGGCUUUUAAAAAAUAUAAAAUUGAAAUUGAAAGAAUUUGUCAAUUCAAUUAUAGAUCUGUGGAAUUUUUAAAUGUUAUUCAAACUUUUUAAGUCCAUGUAUUUUUACACGACAAAAUCAUAUCAGAGGUCAAUUUAUUGCUUUGUUUUAUAAUCUUCAAUCAACCUUUAAGUGAUGGGAUCUAGGAGAAAAUAAAAUUAGUGCUUUACUAGUCGUAAAAUUAAAUAAAAAUAAAAAGGUCACAAAUAUAAAAAUAUAAGCUUUUAUAUGUGUAUAUAAGGCACAUAAUGUAUAUUAUAUUCUGAGUUGGUCUUUUUCACCAAUAAAGGCGAAUCAAAGGAAAUAAUCUCAAUAUUAUAUAUUUCUCUCUUUGGAUAGGUAUAGCAUGAAUGAUAACAAUAAACAAUUAUUAAAUACAUGUACCUAUAGAGGUAGGCGUGUUUAUAUAGAUAAACACGCCUACCACUGUCGUUUGAAAUAAAUCUGAAUUCUAAUAGGGUUAUUAAGCGAACUAACAUUUUAUUAUAUGUGACACACGAAAUAUUUUCUUUCCACACAGUUGGACACACGUUAUUUAGUUUAGCUAGAUUUUAUAAAGGCUCAAUUGCAGCAAAAUUUAUCAACAACAUGUUUUUCUAUAAAAUCACAAAAAAUUUUAGACACAUUUUUCGACAUAACGACAAAAAAUUAUUUGCAACACAGGUAUGACUAAACCACUGCAAGCAUGAAAUGUCAGUUUCGAUAUUAAUGACAAGCGUAAUCUCAUUUAUUUGUUUACUUAUAAGAAAAACGUAUUAAUUAUAUUCGUUGAGAGAAAUGCAUUUUAGAAUUGCGUUGUAUAUCACAUAUUGUUUCACUUUAAAAUUGUAAAAAUUAUAAAAUGAUUUAAUUU